CCGGUGCCGGGGGUUGAUGUAGCCGAGCUUUGCCUUCAAUACCAGGCUGCAGCGUGGGGAUGGGGGGGCUCCGAGAGGGUGUCCCCCUGGAACACCCCCCCCGCGCCCUGCUCUUCAGGAAAGGGCUCCUUAAAUAGCACCGAGGCUGCUCCUCGGGGCACCCUGUCCCGGAGACGUGGCGCCCGGGGGCUUAGGGGGGCCACGUUGGCAGAGCUCUCCGGGGGGUAGGGAGCUCUGCUCGGCUCCUGUGAGCCUGCCUUAAUCCCGGGAAACUUCAACACGGGCUUCUUAAAAUUAUAAUUAGACUGAGGCUGCUGGCAGCGCCAGCUCGUUAUGCAACCGCCGUGACGGGGGAAGGAGGAUGUUUUCCAGGGCUGUUUAGUUCAUCCCUGCUUCCCAGCCGGAGGACGUUUCUCCCUGACCUAACCCACCUUUUUCUUUCUUUUUUUUUUGAAUUUUUAAUUUCUCACCUCUCUCUCCUGCGAGCUGCUCUCGGGGCUCGAUCCCCAGGGGCUCCGCGCAGGGAGUGACGCGGCGUGUGCUCCCUCCCGCAGGAACGGCAUGGCAGCCAGCACCGGUGGCGGCGGCGGCGGGACGGCGGCGACGGCAGCGGCAACGGGGGAACCGGCGCACGCGGUGUCGCUGCUGCGGGGCCUGAGCGCGCUGCGUGCGGAGAGGAGCCUGCUGGACGUGACGGUGGUGGCGGGCGGCAGGGAAUUCGGGGCACACCGCGCCGUCCUGGCUGCCGCCUCCGGUUAUUUCCGCGCCAUGUUCGGCGGGGCGCUGCGGGAGGCGAGGGCCGAGCGGGUUCGGCUGCACGGCGUGGAGCCCGAGUGCUUGGCUCGCCUCCUCGACUUCGCUUACACCGGCCGGGUGGGCGGGCUGGGCCCCGACAUCGCCGAGCGCCUGCUGCGUGCCGCCGACCUGCUGCAGUUCCCCGCCGUCAAGGAGGCCUGCGGGGCCUGGUUGGCACGCCAGCUGGAGCCUGCCAACGCCUUGGACAUGCAGGACUUCGCCGAAGCCUUCGCCUGCCCGGCGCUGGCGGCUGCCGCCCACCGCUUCGUCCUGCGGCACGUGGGCGAGCUGGGCGCCCAGCUGGAGCGGCUGCCGCUGCCGCGCCUCCUCUCCUACCUGCGGGACGACGGGCUCUGCGUCCCCAAGGAGGAGGCCGUUUUCCAGCUGGCGCUGCGCUGGGUACGCGCCGACCCGGCUGCCCGUGCCCCGUUGUUGCCGCAGCUGCUGGCCCACGUCCGCCUGCCCUUCGUGCGCCGCUUCUACCUGCUGGCCCACGUGGAGGGCGAGCCGCUGGUGGCCCGUUGCCCGCCCUGCCUGCGCCUCCUGCGUGAGGCACGCGACUUCCAGGCCGCCCGCCUCGACCGGCACGACCGGGGGCCCUGUGCCCGUAUGCGCCCUCGCCCCUCCACCGGCCUGGCCGAGAUCCUGGUCCUCGUCGGAGGCUGCGACCGCGACUGCGAUGAGCUCGUCACCGUCGACUGCUACAACCCCCGCACCGGGCACUGGCGCUACUUGGCCGAGUUCCCCGAGCACCUGGGAGGGGGCUACAGCGUCGCGGCCCUGGGCAACGACAUCUACGUCACCGGAGGCUCGGACGGGUCGAGGCUGUACGACUGUGUCUGGAGGUACAACUCCAGCGUGAACGAGUGGACGGAGGUGUCCCCCAUGCUGAAAGCCAGAGAGUACCACAGCUCCACCGUGCUGGACGGGCUGCUCUACGUCAUCGCCUCCGACAGCACGGAGCGCUACGACCACUCAGUGGACACCUGGGAGGCCCUCCAACCCAUGCUCUACCCCAUGGACAACUGCUCCACCACCUCCUGCCGCGGCAAGCUCUUCGCCAUCGGCUCCCUGGCCGGCAAAGAGUCCAUGGUCAUCCAGUGCUACGACCCCGACAGCGACCUCUGGUCCCUUGUCAACUGUGGCCACCUGCCCCCCUGGUCCCUGGCCCCAAAGACCGUCACUCUCAACGGCCUCAUGUACUUCAUAAGAGAUGACUCGGCUGAAGUGGAUGUUUACAACCCAACGAAGAACGAGUGGGAUAAAAUCCCUGCCAUGCUCCAGGUCCACGUUGGGGGCAGCGUGGCCGUGCUGGGUGGGAAGCUCUACGUCUCUGGUGGCUACGAUAACACCUUUGAACUCUCGGAUGUCCUGGAGGCCUACGACCCCGAGACACGAACGUGGAGCGUGGUGGGCCGCCUCCCCGAGCCCAUCUUCUGGCACGGCAGCGUCAGCAUAUUCCGACAGUUCAUGCCCGAAACCACCCAGGAGGAUGACAGCAUCACGCUGGUGGACAACACCAUCAACCUCAACAGGCAGCGCCAAAACCUUCACGACCAGAACCUUAACGAGCUUCGUUAGCGGGGGGAAGGUGCUGUGUGUGUCCCCCCCCCCCACACACCUCUGGCUCCACGCGAGUUCGUUUUGUGUUGCUUUGAGAGAAGGCAGAGGCAAAGGAAACACAAACGUACUGAGGAGAGAGGGAGUGGAAAUUUUGGAAUGCUUGACAUGCUGCUGCGGAGCCGCCGCCACCGAGCGAGGCCGAGGGACCCGAGGGGUGAACUCUGAGGAAAAGCGACCGCCUUCGACGUCACCGCAGCAUCGCAGCUCACGGCCUUUCACUGGGAGCUCCUUCACCCUGUCAUUGCUUCCUUUGCCACCAAACUCCUUUCUUCCCUUGCUUUUUGGGGAGGGGUCUGUCUGGUAGGACGCUGGUCUGGCCCCCACCUCUGUUCUGUGCCUGGGAGGAGGACACAGAACCUGAGCAACGUCCUCCUCUGCCUGGCUGGAGGGGAAAGGCCUUCCCAGGAGAGCUGGAGGUUCUUGGUGGGAUGAGUGUCAUAGGAGAAGGUGGCCCUUCUGGUUCCUCAGUUCCCAUUCCUGCCUUCAGGAGGGACUGGUGUCCUGCAGGAGGGACCCCCCCCAAGCUUUACCUUUCCCUUUGUCUGAACUUCUUCAGUUCUUCUGGGAUUUUGGUGGUUUGGUGUUUUUUUUUUAAGUUGCCGCAUUGAAAGUUUGCAGGUAUUUGUUUUCCAACCCUUCAAAGCACGGCACUUUUUCCUUCGAAGAAGAAACAUCCUUAUUUAUCUUCAAUCCCAUUCUCUGGAGAAUGGGAUUCUCUCCCAUUCAGCUGGAGGAGAAAGGGAGAAGCCACUUUCACCCCGUAGCUGGCCCCGAGGGGUGACUCUGUGGGGCAGAGCGACCCCGGGCAGCGAGGACCGUUUGACAUUUCUUUGCUGUUUUUAAGGAAGAAAGUGGGUGUUGUGCUAUUUUAGGAAAAAAAACCCAACCCUUAGAGGGAAAGGUGAGUGCAGCUUCCUCAGGAGGGUCGCCCUGAUGCAGAAUCACCUCCUGGGAAGGACCCACCAGCCCUUUGGGGGGGUCUCACACCCCGGGGUCGCAGCAGCUCUUGGGGAAAAAGCCACUGGGGUGUUCCAGGGAAGGUGUAGGAGUUAGUCCGAGUGUUGCCGAUUGAAAGGUAGUUAUUUUAGAGGUUUGUUUUUUUUUUCUUCUUUUUGUUUGAGGUUUGCUGUUGGUUUUUUUUUGGCCUGUGUAAGAUUUGCCUUUAUCCUCGCCCGAGCGACCCCGCGGGCUUGGGCUGCGGUUCCUCUCUCUGCUGGAGCUGAAGGGGAGCCGCCAGGAAUUUUUACUCCUGGAAUGUUUCUUGAACAAGCAAACGGCUAAAACUGGGGGGGGUGGGAAGGGGGGGUUGUGUGGCUCAGCCAAAAACAACCAUUGAACCUUCAGGAGAACUGAAAUGUGACAACGCUGGAGCAUCAUCUGGGAGUGUUUGCUCCUUCCAUCCUUCCUCUAUAACCAAUAGGAAAAAAAAUAUCUGAAUUUAAACUUGAGCUGGGAGGGAAAUCCCCCAUGUGGGAGGGUGCCGGGGGGGCGGGGGGGCAGUGUCACAGCCCCACAAGCUUUGAAGAAAUGGGGUUUCCUCAAAAGUUGGAAAAGCUGCUCCUGAAACCCUGGUGGAGACUUUGACGGUGCCUCGAAACGGCCACGGAUUCAAAGCU